AUGUUAGGAGUGCUGCGGAUAGCUCGUAAUUUGUCGACAAAGCCAGAGCGUCCUUUGUUUCGGCUAAACAAGAGUAAUCCAUUCGUUGCAAUUCCUCAAACAUGGGUCACGAAAUUGAGCGACGUUAUAACAGAACAAUCUGAGAUCUUGGAAUUGCACCCUGGUAUGUUUUGUGUUUUAUUAUUAUUCUGGAUGUUUAGAUGUGUUCCGCGUGAACCCACGGCUGGAUCUUAUUCACAGAAACGUGGUCUGGCAAGCAAAUUAUAAAAAUCUUCAAUUGACUAAACAACUUUCCAAGGCAGAGAUGCCGGGAGGUGGCCGGAAACCGUGGCCUCAAAAAAGAAUGGGAAGGCAUCAUGCAGGCUCCAUAAGGUCGCCUCAUUUCAUUAGAGGUGGCUUUGCUCACGGAGUUAGAGGUCCGAGAACUUGGUUCUAUAUGUUACCUGACUCCUGCAGAAUUCAUGGUCUCACAUCUGCGUUGACUGUUAAGCAUCAACAGGACGACCUAGUUGUGGUGGAAAAUUUUGAGGAUAUUCCAAACUCCGAUCCCCAAGUAAGUUAGUUGUAUUAGCAGUCUGGUUUUAUGUAUUAAUUGCUGGCCAGGUAGUUUUUUGUUAUCGAAAAUACUUAUUGGUGUUGAUUUCGUUGUUUUUAGUUUCUUCAUGACUUGGCAGAAGAAAGGAAUUGGGGAUAUUCGGUUCUAUUCGUGGCUGAAGAUUUUGAGACGUCUUCCAAUCUGUUGGACGCUGUUGAACGCAUCCCCAGCUUUAAUGUGAUGUCAUAUUUUGGCAUCAGUCCUUAUUCAUUGUUGAAAUAUGAAACCGUUGUGUUCACGAAGGAAGCGAUUCUGAGGUUGGAAGAUGCCGUUUUGAAAAGGUUGCAUUGUCCAGAGAGCCUAAAUACGUCGUAUGAGUAUAUAAAACUUAAGAAGACGUUGUUGGACGAAUCUAUUUAUGAGGAGGAUUCCAAGUAUUCACCAUUCGUCUAGAUUUAUAUCUUUUAGGAAGUUGUUGUUGUUGAAUAAAGGUUUCUUUUUUGCAUAUUGCGAUUUACUCUAUGUUGUGCGGUCGCUGUUUAUAUUUAACGUGUUUUUUUCGCUUUAUUUGCAAUAUUUCUAUAUCUGAUUUUAGAACUAUGGGUAAUAUUCUCAGGCGGCAUCGUAACCCAGUAGAUGAGUUGGACCAGAUUGUAAAGAACUUGCAAUCAUAUCAGAAACGAUUGCAAAGUCUACGAAGAGGCCGCUACAAUGCAAUGUGGUACUUCACCGCCGUUCUUUUUUUCUCAGUCACGGUAUACUCUGCAGUGAGUUGUCUCGAAGCCGGUGAUUCGAAGUCCAUGUACCAGAGGAUUGGUUUGGCAUGGUUCACCGGCAUUCUGGUGUUCAUUACGUUUAGAUUCAUAUCUGGUCGAUGCUUUGACUUCCUUUUGAACAGAAAUGAGAGGAAUAUCGAGACGUUGAAUACAAGAAGAACAGCUAUUUUGGAAAAUGUUAAAGAAAAUGAGAAGUUCAAAGUCGCGAAGGAUAUCAUCGAAAAAUACGGUUCAGAACAGGAUUUGGCCGAAAUUGGGGUUAAGAGAGGUAAAAUAGUCUGAAAAUUUUUUUGUUGACAAUUUGUUUUUUCCCUACUUGUUAUUUUUCAGAGUCUCCUCCAAGAUUGAACGAAUCCAGACUUAUAAAUUCAGAACAGGCUACCGUAAAGCAGCCGAUUUCCGCUAAACCAGCAGAGCCAGAGAAUCUUCUAGAAUUCGCUCGUCCAUUAACCCCAGAGAUACCACAGGCAGGAUCUAGUACGGACGUGGUGUUGCGAACUCCAUCGAUACCUAUGAACAGGGCAAUUGGACUGAGAACACCCAUGCAAAGACAACCGAUUCGACCAUUUGUUCAGGUCAGCCGAACUCCCAUCGACAAGAUCAUUGAUUAUAUUAUUGGCGAUGGACCAUCGAACCGGUAGGUGGUUGAAAAGUCUUCUUUGACAUGGCUUUAGUUUUGCCUUGAUAUGUAAACAAUGCCAUGCUCAUAAUGGAAUGGCCCUUAGAGAAGAGUUUGAUGGUAUUUCAUUUGUUUGUUACAAUUGCGCGUUUUACAAUCCGGCCAGGAAUGCACAGCCGUUGCGUACUCCUCGAAGAUUAAAAAUUCCGGCGAUUGAAGAGAGCAAGCCCUUUAUUAGGACGGCCACCAAUACGGACUCCUCGGUAACAAACAUUUCUGAUUUUUUUUUAUUUCUAAUCUUCAUUUUUCAGGACAAUGAUGACGCCGAAUCAAGCGCCGGGCAACCUUGGGUUGCGGAAACGGAAUCGCCUGAGGACGUCGAAAAGCCCAUCCAAUCUUAG